CACUGUUGACAUUAUAUGCUUACAGGCAUUGAGGCAACUAUACAGGAGUCAGAGCCUCUCAUGAUACAACAGGCCAGUGUUAACUGUGCUGAUCAAAUGCAAUCUACAGGUUUCACUUUGGUUCUUUCAGAGUCCAUGUCAACUGCUGACAGUGAAGAGCCAGGCAGUCUGACCCAUGAUAGGAGGGAGCCAAGUGAAGAGCCAGCCAGUCUGACCCAUGAUAGGAGGGAGCCAAGUGAAGAGCCAGCCAGUCUGACCCAUGAGUCCAUGUCAACUGCUGACAGUGAAGAGCCAGGCAGUCUGACCCAUGAUAGGAGGGAGCCAAGUGAAGAGCCAGCCAGUCUGAGCCAUGAUAGGAGGAAGCCAAGUGAAGAGCCAGCCAGUCUGACCCAUGAGUCCAUGUCAACUGCUGACAGUGAAGAGCCAGGCAGUCUGACCCAUGAUAGGAGGGAGCCAAGUGAAGAGCCAGCCAGUCUGACCCAUGAUAGAAGGGAGCCAAGUGAAGAGCCAGCCAGUCUGACCCAUGAGUCCAUGUCAACUGCUGACAGUGAAGAGCCAGGCAGUCUGACCCAUGAUAGGAGGGAGCCAAGUGAAGAGCCAGCCAGUCUGACCCAUGAUAGGAGGGAGCCAAGUGAAGAGCCAGCCAGUCUGACCCAUGAGUCCAUGUCAACUGCUGACAGUGAAGAGCCAGGCAGUCUGACCCAUGAUAGGAGGGAGCCAAGUGAAGAGCCAGCCAGUCUGAGCCAUGAUAGGAGGAAGCCAAGUGAAGAGCCAGCCAGUCUGACCCAUGAGUCCAUGUCCACUGCUGACAGUGAAGAGCCAGGCAGUCUGACCCAUGAUAGGAGGGAGCCAAGUGAAGAGCCAGCCAGUCUGACCCAUGAUAGAAGGGAGCCAAGUGAAGAGCCAGCCAGUCUGACCCAUGAGUCCAUGUCAACUGCUGACAGUGAAGAGCCAGGCAGUCUGACCCAUGAUAGGAGGGAGCCAAGUGAAGAGCCAGCCAGUCUGACCCAUGAUAGGAGGGAGCCAAGUGAAGAGCCAGCCAGUCUGACCCAUGAGUCCAUGUCAACUGCUGACAGUGAAGAGCCAGGCAGUGUGACCCAUGAUAGGAGGGAGCCAAGUGAAGAGCCAGCCAGUCUGAGCCAUGAUAGAAGGGAGCCAAAUCCUCAAGUACCUCAUCGAGACGUCUAUGAACGGUUUGCUGAGAUUUUUCUAGAAUCCAUCUUAGCACAAGGUCUGGCUGGGGCCUCCAGGCACGUUCACGACAGAGAGUCGAGCACAGCUACAGGCAUUGAAGAGGUAACUGUUGAAGACUGCCAAAGUCCAGAUGUCCUUCAUGAGUCAGAAUCUCUGAAGUCGCAACCAGCCAGUAUGGAGUCAGGAGGUUUAAGCCCAGUAUAUCCACAGUACAAACCAACUGAGGCUUAUAAAGAGAUUGAACCAGUUAGUUCCAGUGAUGGAUUCAAUCUAUCAAAUCAAGAAGAUUCAGACUGUGACUCAGAUGAUGAUCCAGCAUACAUCCCUGACACAGACUCUGAUGAUACAGAACCUGAAAGCAGUGGAACUCAACACACAACUAGAAAGAGUGUUGUUAAAUUUGGUUCAGCACUUUCAACAGCAGAUUCAGACUGUGACUCAGAUGAUGAUCCAGCAUACAUCCCUGACACAGACUCUGAUGAUACAGAACCUGAAAGCAGUGGAACUCAACACACAACUAGAAAGAGUGUUGUUAAAUUUGGUUCAGCACUUUCAACAGCAGAUGUUGGAAAAGCAAUUGCCAUACUUGAUGAGGAUUCAGAUGGUGAUAUGGAAGUUUCUUCGUCUGAAGACAAAGUUCCUAACACCCAUUCAACUGUGCAUUCACAAAAGGAUAAAGGUGUUUAUCUGCAGUCAAAAAAAUUACCACGGGAUGGCUGUCAAAAGAGAUAUGACAAAAUUAACUUCUGUGUUUACUGCAAGAAGGCGGUUAAAUCCAAAAUAUCUAGACAUCUCUUAACCCACAAGGAACGUCAAAAGGUUCUUCAAAUCCGACUUCUGCCAAAGAAAUCAAAGCAGAGGGAAAAUCUUUUCACAGAACUUGUGAAUGAAGGUAACUUCAAACACAAUAUAGAUGUUAUUAGUACAGGUGAAGGUGUCCUCAUUACAGCACGAAGAGAAAACAUCGAUCAGGAAAAACAUCAUUCACACCAAGAUUAUGUUCCUUGUGUAUACUGUAAAGGAUUUUACUUGAAAAAACUAUUAUGGCAUCAUCUCCUUUCGUGUAAAAUGCGGCCAAAUGAUACUAAAGGUGAUAAUAUGACGGACACAAAAAAUGCUGUACGGAAGGCCAAAAGCCUACUUUACGGUUGUUUGCAUACUGAAAAUGAAAAGGCUGUUGCAGAAAUGCUACGCACAAUGCAUGAUGAUGAUAUAAAGGAAGUUGUUAAAAAAGAUACUAUUAUUAAGUUGUUCAGUUCAAUGCAGGUGUGUGCAUUGGGAGGGAAACACAUACAGAAGAAAAAUGAUAUGCAUAGGAUUAGCCAAAAUGCUAGGACCUUGGCUCGUCUAGUGAUAAAAGCAAGUGAGCAUCUGCCAAUGGUCAGCUUGAACAAGCUUCUUUGUAAAGAUAACUUUGACCUGGUUGUUAAUAGCACCUUGAGUCUGUCGCAUAACAGUGUCACCGUUGCUAACAAAAUGGGUCAUCUGCUUGGUCAUUGUAUAAUGAUUAAAAAUGGCUAUUCUGUAAGACGCAAUUCAAAUGAAAUGGCAGAGGAAACAAGACUGUUCAAAGUGUUGUUUGAUGCAGAAUGGAAAUAUCGAGUAAAUGCUCCAAUGACAAGACAGAAAACUGUUCGUGAUAUGAACAAAUUAACGUGCAUACCAGAAACCGAUGAUCUUGUCAAGUUCAGGGAUUAUAUAAAACAGAUCAUAGAGAAUGAAGUCAGAGUUCUUCGUGCUUGUCCUAAUCCUGGAAGUUGGACUAGACUGGCAAAGGCGACUAUGUGCAGACUGUACAUUUUCAACAAAAGAAGAAUUGCAGAAGUUGAAGACAUGCUCCUGGAAGCAUACCAGAACAGACCAGAGUGGACGGGGACUGAAGAGUUUCGUGCCUCAUUGUCUGACACUGAGAGAGAGUUUGCAAAAAGAAUGGACAUGCUUGAAGUGCGUGGAAAAUCAAAGAAGAAUGUGACAGCAUGUAUAUUAUUAACUCCAGAUGUAAAAUCAGCUAUAAAUGUCCUGGUGGAGACAAGAAGUAGUUCAUUGGUAUCAGUUCCAAGAGACAAUCCCUAUCUUUUCUCCAGAUUAAAUGCUCUUACUCCAUUAUCUGGCAGUCGAGCUAUGCAUGAAUUGGUUCGAGAAUGCCCGGGACUGCAGAGGCCUGAAAGGAUAACAACAACCUUAUUGAGAAAAUACAUUGCUACAGUGUCACAGAUUCUUGACAUGACUCAUGGUGAACUAAAAUUGCUUGCAAAGCAUCUGGGACAUGAUGUGAAGACACACAAGGAAUAUUAUCAGUUGUCUUCCAGUACCAUGGAACUCUCAAAGGUUGCCCUGAUGUUGUAUGCUGUUGAAAAUGGUAAAGUCAAUGAGUGGAAGGGAAGGCAGAUGAAGGACAUAGUAGUAGAAGAUUUACCUCUUCCAAUUGAAGACGAAGAUGGCCAUCAAGAAGAGUCCAUGUCAACUGCUGACAGUGAAGAGCCAGGCAGUCUGACCCAUGAUAGGAGGGAGCCAAGUGAAGAGCCAGCCAGUCUGACCCAUGAUAGGAGGGAGCCAAGUGAAGAGCCAGCCAGUCUGACCCAUGAGUCCAUGUCAACUGCUGCCAGUGAAGGGCCAGCCAGUCUGACCCAUGAUGAAAUGAGGCAGCCAAAUCCUCAAGGGACAGGGACAAGAAAAGGAAUGAAACGAAAGUGGGCCAGCGAAGAGAACAUAUGUUUCAUGAACUUUUUUAGAGAUGAAUUAAGAGAAAAAAUAAUGCCAUCUGGCUCAAAAAUAAUGGGGUCCCUAAAAAUACUUACCGGAAGAACAGUGGCCCAGAUAAGGGCAAGGGUCCAUAACAUUAUUAUGAAAAAACAAAAAUGGAAAAAGAAUUGUUGAACUGUGGAAUAUGUUUAUGCCCCUGGUAGGGUGGCAUAUAGCAGUUGAACUGUCCGUCAGUCAGUCAGUCUGUCCAUCUGGCCGAAAACUUAUAUGGCCAUAACUUUUUCAAUAUUGAACAUAGCAACUUGAUAUUUAUACCCCUAUUACAAUUGGUAAUGGGGGCUAUAUAGGAGUCACGUUUGUCGGUCUGUCCCGAUAUUUCAUCCGAUCUUCACCAAACUUGGUCAGUAGUUGUAUGUAGAUAAUGUCUAGGUCAGUUUGAAUAUGGGUCAUGCCAGGUCAAAAACUAGGUCAUGGGGUCACUUAGUAUGUUUUAAACUGUAAGUUUGUACGGACCAUAGCUAUGUCAUUUAUUGUUACAUUUUUAAAUGACUCGGUACAUUUGUUCACCAUCAUGGAACGGUGUGUCGCGUUAAAAAAAAUUACGUCAAUAUCUCAAAGGUCAAGGUCACACUUGGGAGUUCAAAGGUCAAAUGCUUGUCCGGGCCAUAGCUUUGUUUUUUAUUGUGAGAUUUUAAAAUCAUUUGGCACAUUUGUUCACCAUCAUUGAACAGUGUGUCGGGCGAAAGAAUUACGUCGAUAUUUCCAAGAACAAGGGCACAAUUUGAGUUUAAAGGUAAAAAAUGGCCAUAAUUGAGCUUGUCUGGGCAAUAACUAUGUUGUUUAUUGUGCGAUUUUAAAAUCGUUGGCUCUUUUGUUCACCAUCAUUUGACGGUGUGUCGCGCGAAAGAAUUAUGUCGAUAUCUCCAAGGUCAAGUUCGUAGUUUUAGUUCAAAGGUCAAAAAUGGCAAUAAAUUAUCUUGUCUGGGCCAUAAAUAUGUCAUUCAUUGUAAGAUUUUAAAAUGACUGUACAUCAAUUUUGUUCAAAGUCAUUGGAAGGCUUGUCAUGUGAAAGAAUUCAAGAGUUCAAAGGUCAAAAUGGCUAUAAAUGAUAAUGGCAUAAUGAUUCUUAAAAAAUCGCCAUAAAUUGUAUUAUCUUGUUUUGUGAAGACAGCAUACAAAAUAAUCAAUCAAUCAAUGCGGUAUGUGGGGGUAACAGACAAAGCUCCAGUUGGCAUGCAUGUGCAUCUUGUGAAGCUGCACAUAUUGAGUGGUGAAAAGUGAAGGUCAAGGUAAUUCUUCAAGGUUAAAUGUUAAAUAUAUUGCUUUUGUCCGUCCGUCUGAAAACUUUAAAAUUGUGCCAUAACUUUUGAGCUCACCUGAGUGCAACAUGCUCAUGGUGAGCUUUUGUGAUUGCCUUUUGUGCGUUGUAUGUCGUCAACAUUUUGCCUUGUGAACACUCUAGAUUCCACAUUUAUUGUCUGAUCUUCAUGAAAUUUUGCAGAACAUUUGUCACAUUGAUACCUCGACUGAGUUCGAAACUGGGUCAUGCUGGGUCAAAAAUUAGGUCACUAGGUAAAAAAAACAACAAAAAAACUUGUGAACACUGUACAAGUCCAAUCUUCAUGUAACUUUGUCAAAAUGUUUGUCUAAAUGAUAUUUUGGUUGAGUUAAAAAUUGGUUCCGGUCCGUUGAAAAACAUGGCCGCCAGGGGCGGGGCAGUAAAAAAAUUUCCUUAUAUGGCUAUAGAGAAACCUUGUGAACACUUUAGAAGUCAAAAUGUUUGCCUUAUCAUCAUGAAACUUAAUCAAAACAUUGGUUUUAUUUAUAUUUUGGACGAGUUCGAAAAUGGUCCAGAUCAGUGAAAAAACAUGGCCGCCAAGGGGCGGGGGAGUUUUUCUUAUAUGUCUUUAGUUAAACAUUGCUAACACUCUAGAGGCCACAUUUAUUGUCCAUUCUUCAUGAAAUUUGGUCAGAAGUUUGGUCUCAAUGAUAUCUUAGACGAGCUGAAAAUGGUUACGUUUGCUUGAAAAACAUGGCUGCCAAAGGGCGGGGCAUUUUUCCUUAUAUGGCUAUAGUAAAACGUUGUGAACACUCUAGAGGCCACAUUUAUUGUCCAAUCUUCAUGAAAUUUGGUCAGAAUAUUUGUCUCAUUAAUAUCUUGGAUGGGUUUGAAAAUUAUUAUGUUUGCUUGAAAAACAUGGCUGCCAUGGGGCGGGGCAUUUUUCCUUAUAAAAAUGGCUAUUGUAAAAUCUUGUUAACACUCUUGAGGCCACAUUUAUUUUCCGAUCUUCAUGAAACUUGGUCAGAAUAUUCAUCCCAAAAAAUAUCGUGGACAAGUUAAAAAAUGAUGCUGGUUGGUUGAAAAACAUGUCCGCCAGGGGGUGGGGCAUUUUACCUUAUAUGGCUAUAGUAAAACUUUGUUAACACUCUAGAGGCCACAUUUAUUUUCUUAUCUUCAUGAAACUUGGUCAGAAGAUUUGUCCUAAUGAUAUCUUGGAUUAGUUCAAAAAUAGUUUUGUUUGCUUAAAAAACAUGGCCACCAGGGGGCGGGGCAUUUUUCCUAAUAUGGUUAUGUAUCAUGCUUUACUAAAACAUUGUUAACACUCUGUAGGCCACAUUUAUUUUCCGAUUAUUAUGAAACUUGGUCAGAUGAUUUGUCCUAAUGAUAUCUUGGAUGAGUUCAAAAAUGGUUCUAGUUGGUGGAAAAACAUGGCCGCUAAGGGGGCGUGUCAUUUUUCCUUAUAUGGCUAAAGUAAAACCCUGUUAAAACUCUAGAAGCCAUAUUUAUUGUACGAUCAUCAUGACACUUUGUCAGAAGAUUUGUCCCAAUGAUAUUUGGACAAGUUUGAAAUUGGUUCCAGUUGCUAAGAAAAACAUGGCCACCAGUGGGCGGGGCAUUUUUCCUUAUAUGAACUUAUAAAUCUUCUUGAAACUUUGUCAGUAUAUUAGUUUAAAUGAUAUCUUGGAUGUGUAUUUCAAGUUGACAUUUAAAGCUUUAACUUUGUAUGAUUCUAAAUAUGUGUCAAUGCUGUCAGUUGAAUUUUGAAAUGUGAAGUUUUACAUUUUUUGUAGAUUAAAUAAUUUGUAAAAUGUUGCAGUUUCGUCAAUCAGUUUUAUAAGACAUUGAGCUUUAAAUAUGAUGCAGAUUGUAAGAUUCUUAAUAUCUUUCAAUAUUGUGGAUAAGUUUGAGAUAUCAAGCUUUGAAUUUUAUGCAAAGUGUAUGAUUUUAAAAUGUUUUAAUGGUGUUGAUCCGUGUAAUGAAGAUUGCAUAAUUUUUAUGUUUUAAUUCUGUCUAUUGGUUUUCAAAAUGAAAGACUUUGAUUUUGUAAGUGCACUUUUAUCUCCUGAAAGAUUCUUUUCUAGUGUUUAGUUUAUAUUUUAAGGCUGUUUGCAAACUCGAAGUGAAAACAGUUCUAUUACAAUUUGGUAAGGACAUGACAUUGCAUAUCUGAUUUUAAAAUGUACUUUGCUGGCAACGUGUAAUUUUCUGAAAUGUCUUAGUAAGACUGUUGUUUGCAAUCAAAAGGUCUGUGCUUCAUAUCCAGGGUAAUGCAUGUUUUUUGUCCAAAUUUAUGUCGAUUCAGACAUUGUUCUAUGUAAAUAUGGGGUUUGCUUGAAGGUUCAGUCUAUUUUUAUGUCCCUCACUAUAGUAGUGGGGGACAUAUUGUUUUUGUCCUGUCUGUUGGUUGGUUGGUUGGUUGAUCUGUUUACGCCAACUUUAACAUUUUGCAAUAACUUUUGCAAUAUUGAAGAUAGCAACUUGAUAUUUGGCAUGCAAAUGCAUCUCAUGAAGCUGCACAUUUUGAUUGGUGAAAGGUCAAGGUCAUCCUUCAAGGUCAGAGGUCAAAUAUAUGUGGCCAAAAUCGCUCAUUUUAUGAAUACUUUUGCAAUAUUGAAGAUAGCAACUUGAUAUUUGGCAAGCAUGUGUAUCUCAUUGAGCUGCACAUUUUGAGUGGUGAAAGGUCACGGUCAUCCUUCAAGGUCAGAGGUCAAAUAUAUGUGGCCCAAAUCGCUUAUUUUAUUAAUACUUUUGCAAUAUUGAAGAUAGCAACUUGAAAUUUGGCAUGCAUGUGUAUCUCAUGGAGCUGCAAAUUUUGAGUGUUGAAAGGUCAAAGUCAUCCUUCAAGGUCAGAGGUUAAAUAUAUGUGGCCCAAAUCGCUUAUUUUAUGAAUACUUUUGCACUAUUAAAGAUAGUAACUUGAUAUUUGGCAUGCAUAUGUAUCUCAUAGAGCUGCACAUUUUGAGUGGUGAAAGGUCAAGGUCAUCCUUCAAGGUCAAAUAUAUGGGUCAAAAUUGCUCAUGUUAUGUUACUUCUGCAAUAUUGAAGCUAGCAAUUUUAUAUUUGACAUGCAUGUGUAUCUCAUGGAGCUGCACAUUUUGAGUGGUGAAGGGUCAAGGUCAUCCUUCAAGGUCAAACGUUAUAUACGGGGACAUGGGUUUCACAAACGCAUCUUGUUGCGUAUGUAAUUAAUUUUGCUUAAUUUUUGUGAUCCCCCGCCAACAGCGGAGGGAUAUUAAUUUGGCGUUGUCCGUCUUUCCGUCUGUCCGUCUGGCACUUUUGUGUCCGGAACCAUAUCUUGGAAGUGCUUUGGCAGAUUUCAUUGAAACUUGGUAUGAGUAUAUAUAUGGAUAAGAGGAUGAUGCACGCCAAAUGGCAUUGUACAUCCUUGAAUAAUAGCGGAGUUAUGACCCUUUGUAUUUGAAAAAAUGCUUUUUUUGUGUGUCCAGAGCCGUAACUUGUAUCCAGAAGUAUAAUGGCGGGGGAUAUCAAUUCAACGAAUUUGCUUGUUAAAUCAGUUUUUAUUUUCAUGAUAAUCAUUUAGUUCGUACUGCAACUUAUGAUGGAUUGUUACUACUAUCUCCAGUUAUUUGUUUGUCAUGGGUCCGUCACCAUUUAUCUCUUAUUAGCUCAUCUAUUUUUUGAAAAAAAAUUAUGAGCUAUUGUCAUCACCUUGGCGUCGGCGUUGGUGUCCGGUUAAGUUUUGCGUUUAGGUCCACUUUUCUCAGAAAGUAUCAAUGCUAUUGCAUUCAAACUUGGUACACUUACUUACUAUCAUGAGGGGAUUGGGCAGGCCAAGUAAGAUAACUCUGGCGUGCAUUUUGACAGAAUUAUGUGCCCUUUUUAUACUUAGAAAAUUGAAAAUUUUGGUUAAGUUUUGUGUUUAGGUCCAUUUUAUUCCUUAAGUAUCAAAGCUAUUGCUUUCAUACUUGCAACACUUACUAACUAUCAUAAGGGGACUGUGCAGGCAAAGUUAUGUAACUCUGACUGGCAUUUGGACGGAAUUAUGGGCCCUUUAUACUUAGAAAAUUGAAAAUUUUGUUAAGUUUUGUGUUUUGGUCCACUUUACCCCUAAACUAUCAUAAAUAUUGCUUUCGUACUUCGAACACUCGCAUACUAUCAUAAUGGUACAGUAAAAGGACAAGUUGCAUAACUCUUGUUGUCAUUUUUACGGAAUUAUGGCCCUUUUUUGACUUAGUAACUUUGAAUAUAUGGUUAAAUUUUGUGUUUUGAUCCACUUUACUUCUAAAGUAUCAAGGCUAUUGCUUUCAAACUUCAAAUACUUUCAUGCUAUCAUGAGGUUACUGUACCUGGCAAGUUGAAUUUUACCUUGACCUUUGAAUGACCUUGACUCUCAAGGUCAAAUUAUUAAAUUUUGCAAAAAAUGCCAUAACUUCUUUAUUUAUGAUUAGAUUUGAUUGAUACUUUUACAAAACUACUCUUACCUGACAUACCACAAUAGACUCCACCCAAACCAUUCCCCGUGCCCUGCCCCCCUCCCCCCCCUUAAUUUUUUUUUUUUUUAAGAUCAUCUCACAAAUGACCACCACACCCUCACACUAUACCCCCGAACCCACCCCCCAAUUUUUUUUUAAGCGGUUAUUAUUUUUAUUAUUUUAUGUUUGAAAUACCGUCCAACCAUCGCACCCAAGAAUCCCCCCCACAACCCCCCCCCCCCCGGAAUCCCCCUUAUUGUUGUUUUUUUGUGUUUUUUUUAAGAUCAUCUCACAAAUGACCACCAUCCCCUCACACUAUAACCCCCCCCCCCCAAUUUUUUUUGUGAAACUUAAAAAACAAAAAUAUUUAUUUUUAUUAUUUUAUGUUUGAAAUACCGUCCAACCAUCGCACCCAAGAAUCCCCCACCCCUCCUCCCCGAUUUUAUUUUAUUAUUGCAUUUUUUUCCCCGCAUUUUUGGAAGAUAAUGUAAUAAAUGUCCACACCACCACACUAUACACCCCUCUUCACUCCACCCCUCCCUCUUUUGUGAUUGAAAAUGAAAGUCCCUUCACCUUUAAAAAGAAAAUAGAUGAGCGGUCUGCACCCGCAAGGCGGUGCUCUUGUAUAAUACUUGAAUUGAGCAUUUCACAAUCUGACAAUCAUGCAUAUCAUUUAUUAGUUUCAUAAUAAAACGUCUGACAAGGGUCAGAUAAUUUUAA